CGAGAAUUCCAGAUCAAACACGGACUAGACAUCAUUGAAGGACGCGAGGUCUUUCUAGUUAUUGCACCAGGUCAGGGCAAGACGACAGUCUUCUGGGCCCCUCUACUCGCAGCUCAAGCAUUCGGUGAGCGAGGCGUCGCGUUAUACAUUGUCCCUACCAAGCUACUUUCUAUACAGCAGAGCGAGAGUGCCCGUCGAGUUGGGCUGCGCGCGAUCGCGCUGAACGAGGAUACUGUCCGCGACGCAUACUACGACAAGCGCGAUCUUUACGACGAGCUGCAGAACGGUGAAGAUGUCCGCAUCGCUUUCCUGAGCCCUCAAAUGCUUGCUGGAGAACGCAUGAUGAAGCUCCUGCGAAUAUCUGGCUUCAAAGACCUGAUCCGCUGG